GGCUUCUUAGUCGCUGCAGCAUCGUUUCUCCAUCCCCCACUCUCCUCUCCUUCUCCAUACACAUCCCCAUCCUCACUCAUCAUCAUGAAAGCCUUCUCCACCCUCAUCGCUGGCGCUCUCUUCUUGGCUGCACAGGUCGUCGCCUAUGACACCCCUACAGAGCUCAUCAUCAAUGUCAUUAGCAAGCCCGAGGGCUGCAAGAACCUUUCCAAGGCUGGUGACAAGUUGUCGAUGCACUACACCGGAACUCUUCACAAGACCGGUGCCAAGUUUGACUCGAGCGUUGAUCGUGGUCGCAGCUUUGACUUUACCCUUGGCAUUGGCCAGGUUAUCAAGGGAUGGGACCAGGGAUUGGUUGGAAUGUGCGUCGGUGAAAAGAGAAAGCUGACAAUCCCACCCAACAUGGCGUAUGGCAGCCGCGCGAUGGGCGCCGCUAUUCCUGCCAACUCUGCUUUGGUGUUUGAUGUCGAGCUGUUGAGGAUCAAUGGCAAGGACGAGCUCUAGAGCAGGGUUAUCGAAGUCAAAGGAAGACGAAGAUAAAAAUGUCUCAUUAAAAUAAAAACGUACAUUCAUUAACCAGUGCAUUGCUGCUGACAGAC